AUGACCGACCUCGAAGCCCUCAACAAAGAGUCGUCCGAUCCCAAUGGUCCUAGUGGUGUCCCGCUCUUGGCGGAUCAGGACGAUCUAGCUAUAAUCACCAACAAUGACGAGGAAGAAGGUCAAGCCAACACUUCCGGUACACUUACACUUACUACAGAUGAUACAGUGGAUACUACAUAUAGUACGGAUGAAUCGAAUCAGAAACCCCACUUUAUGAGUUCGGACUAUCUGCGCCCUUGGAACGUUUUCUGUGGCUGCGUGGGGUCCGGCUCUGAAAGCGACGGGAGGAGCAACUGCAACUGCAACUGGCUUUGCUCCCCUGCGUUGCUCGUUCCUCGAAUCCAAACCAACUUUGCCAUUUUCUAUGUCAACUAUUUCCGCUUGACCGUCUACUUUGUCCUCUCGGCACUCCUUAUAAGUCCCUCUGCCAUUUUGGGGGUGGGUUCUCUUGCCAUUCUUUGGUGGCCAGUCAUCCAAUGCAACAAGCAUGACGAACAAAAGUUGAAACGAGGAGUCGUGGUCGCGGUUUUGGUUUCCUGCUUUGUUCUAUUCUACCUUCUACAGCGCGUCUUUUGGUGGAUUGUAUGGACUGCAACCACUGUGAUUCUCGUGCAUGCGUCGCUUCGAGAUCCCACCAACUGGGAAAAGGAACCAACCGGCAGUGUCCAAAGCAGCACAUUUUAUGAAUGGGAUUUCAUGAUGCCGCUGGUGGUCUCCAUUCUCAGUUCGUUUGGAUGA